CAGAACGGUCAUUACGCACGGACUGAAGUAUCGCUAGUGUUCACCACACUCUCGCUGUUUGUGUAGUGCGUAAAGAAACUCCAGCGCUGAGAGAAUCUGCUGGGAUAUUCGCCACCAAACAAACGGACACUUGUUCAAUCUCACGCCACUGAAUUCUGAGGAGUCAAAGAUGAUUUCCAGCUUGGAUGUAGCGUCUGUUUUCCCACGGUGAACAUCGUUUUUCUGUGGAGAAAAUACAGUUUUAGGACACUUGAAAGAGCCUCAGUGCUUUGAUAUUGUUUGUAGAUAACCGUUAUCUACUUCACGCGCUGUGUUAAUACGGACGAGCGCGCGCAGAGCGGACACUCUUCACAUGCUGAGCCAUGGAGACGCGAACUUCAGUAAAACUUCACACCUGCCUGUCAAUAUUCACAUUUCUGUGCUGUAUCUCAGGUGACCUGGCCCAACUUCAGCUGCCUCAGAAAAAUGUAGAAGUUAUCCAAGGGAAGAUGGUAGUGCUGCAGGCAUCUUACAAAGGCUCGCAGAUUGAGAAAAAUACAGUCGUCUGGAACUACAUGUCUGACAACCCAGAAAUGGUCAUCUCAUACGUCGGUGGAAUAUUAAGCCAAAGCACUUCCCAGUUUGCAGGUCGGGUCGAUUUUAUGCAUAAGAUGCCCAACACCAACCUGUCUCUGUACAUUAACAACACCAAAGCAUCAGACUCAGGGAAGUACAUGUGCCAGGUCGUCAUCCCGGGCGCCCAAGGACUCACCGGAGAGCUCACCCUUAAUGUUAAAGUCCCUCCCUCAGUGCCAGUUUGUCAAGUUAAAGGAAGGCCUGUUCUUAAAGGGAACAUCACUCUGGCUUGUAACUCUAAUGAUGGUAAACCGGCACCAGAAUACAAGUGGACAAAGACUAGCCCCACCUCAGAGGUCUUCUUCCCUCCCGCACAAAAUGUAACAGCAGGAACUUUAAAACUGAACAAUCUGAGCGGUAAUAUGUCAGGGAAAUACAUGUGCACUGCAUCCAACACUGCAGGAGAGGAGACGUGCUACAUCAACCUGGAAGUCAUCACAUCGACUAAUGCUGGGAUGAUCGCUGGUGUUACGUUUGGUUGUAUUGUGGCUCUCGUCCUGAUCACUGUCUUCCUCAUUUUCAUGUGGACAAGACGGAAAGAAACAGAGGAGGAUUUGGCCAAUGAAAUCAAAGAGGAUGCUCAAGCUCCCAAACGUGUCUCAUGGGCCAAGAGUGGCACUGGCUCUGACAUCAUCUCUAAAAACGGCACCCUGUCAUCCAUUCACACCAACACUUUUGCACGAGACACCCAGAACCACCACCAUUACCCUCACUCCGACACCGCGUCCAUCCUCACGGCCACGGGCAGCACGGCCGGCUACCGCUCGCAGCCUCUAGCAGACGCCACCCUGGAGCGCUCGUUGCCCGGCUACAACACCAACCCCAGCCCGCCCCGUGGACCCUCGGGACCCCCCAGCACCAACGGAAGCUUCCGGCACACCUCGGUGCCCCGGCCACCCUCCGCCCAACCUCAGAUUCCACGUCCGCCCGUGCUGCCCACCACCGUAACUGCUGCCAACAUCUCCCGCAUGGGAGGGGUACCCAUUAUGGUGCCAGCACAAAACCAGGCUGGCUCUCUGGUGUAGGACUGUACAUUUCUGCUGAACCUCGGAAGGGAAGGAGAGAAGAGGAUAUCAUGUCUGCAGUCCCACAAACUGAACCACAUUGGAAAGGAUAAAUCGGAAUCGAUAAGCUUAUUGCCUCUGUAUGGAAACCGUAUGGAAUGAUGUAAUUUUCUUUAUUUACAUUUUAAAUAUAAAAAAUGUAAGCAAAUAUAUGUAAAGAUUCUCAUUUAUUUGUUUUAUAGUUUUUUACUGUUCAAAGUAUUACAGAAAAGCCUCUACUUUCUAUAAAGUGGAACUUGUUAAAUGAAAAAAAGACAAUGACCAAAAAAAAAAAACUUUUUUUCACAUUAUUUGUGUUCUUUUUGUUGUUACUGCUUUACUGAUUGUUCUUUUGCAAACUGAAGAUGCUAACUUGCCUUGAUGAAAAAAUGAAAGGUCUAUUCCGUAUUAUUUACAGACACUCCUCGUGAAUAAUUACGUUUACUAUGUUAAGUACAUAUGCGAUCUUUGUGUAUGUUGCAAUGUGGAAGUAAGCUAUUUUGUUUGAAUGGCUUCACCCUCUCUUAUGUUAAAAUGAAGGUAGAUGGCAUAUGUUUCAUUACAGCAUGUGUUAAAUGGAAUGUUGAGGACAUCACUUAAAAUGUGACAUAUUAAGUUGCUAUAUUUGCCUUUAAAUGUUUUUUGGCCAAAUAUUUAGAAAUUAACCCGUGUUGUGUGCAAAGUUUUUUCAAUUUAGAAGUGUAGAAUUUGGUGGUAUCUUAAUUUAUAUAGUGUUUUCGUAUACCCCAUGAUGAUAUUUUAAAACUAAUGUAUUGAAUAUGUAAACUAUAAUUAUAAACAUUCCUUUACCUUACUGUAAAUAAGGUAUUUAUUUCUCAUUCUAGGUCUGAGGUCAUUUCAUAAUUUUGCAGCAAUUAACUUCAUGAUUUUUCUGGUAUAUUAGAUAGUAGACCAAAGAGUUCCUGUUAGAUGGUUGUUCACGAGGGAUACUAGUUUUGAACUCAACAUGAACUCAAAAUUGACCCCAUUUAGUUUUUUAAUGCAUGUCACUGAACAUCCUGUUUUACUCAGAAA